AAGUUUUUACAGAAAUUAGUCAAAAUGGAUUUAUUGCGUGUGUAUUUUCUUUCUCAGACUUUUAUCUCCCUGUGUUUCUGAUCUGUUGUCCAAAUAUCAUCAUGUUCUUUGCAUUUGUCCUCUGGGGUGUUUCUGAAGGAUUUCUGAAUGAGACGCUGACUUGCUGUGCUCUGUUUUUCCUACGGCCUCUAAUGUUGCUUUGGUCUGAACCUAAAGUUGACGACUUUCCAGAACCUGACUGCACCUCACAGGAACACAUUUGUUUGUUUAUUUGUUUGCAGUUGACAAUGACAACAUAACAAAAAUGGCACGUUACAGCCUUCGUCUAGAAUAUAUUCUUUUCACUGGCGUUGUUUUUUCAGUUCUUUAUGUUGGGAAUCUUGGGAAUCAACUCCUGCAUUAUUCAGCGUUUGAAAGACGCAUGAUAACAUCCUUGUUUGGGAUAAUGCCUUUCAUGUGUUUCAUCAUUAUAAUUUACAUACUUUUAGUUUAUUCUGAUGUGGUAUUUACUGCAGAGAGAACUUCAUUAACACUCAACAUCAUGGCUUUUAUAAGCUAUGAUAUUCUGCCUCCAUUACAACUUGUCCUUCUGUUUUAUGCAUUCGGUGAUGCCAGCGGAACAUUUCUCAUUGCUGGAGUUUUACCAGUGAUCAUAAUUGUGGCAAGAUUUGACUGGAAUUUUAUAUGUGGAAAUGAAGGAUUCGGAUGUUCAGAUUGGGUCAUAAGAACAGCGUGGUUAAUAUUAACAUUACUGAUGAAUAUACUAUUGGCCUUGUUUUACACCAUGGCACUGGAAAAUGAGGAAGAAAAGGCUGGAUGGGCUAGUUUAAUCCUGUUUCUUCAAAUACUAUGGGCCGUUCUUAACUUCAGGCGUUCAUUUAAUCAUUGGGGUGUUAAGAAGAAUGUCAUUGUGUUUGGGUUUGGAUCAGUCGGUGUUGUUUUUAUCAACGCUGUUGCACUGAUGACUGAACUGAUAGUGAAAACAGUUAAUGGUGAGCGUUCAAUAGGAGAUUUGAGAAUACCUGUCUUUACAUCUGAAAGUCUCUUUACUGUGUGUCUGUUGAUUCUUCAGAUAUAUGACAUAUCUGGGGAAUAUGACCAAUCAGAGACUCAGCGGCGUCGUAAGCCCUCCUUUACACAACGUUACUACAGCAGAGGACAGAACCACAUCACAGCAGAAACAAGCCAUGAAACAAUUCAACUACAAGAGCAAGCCUGAAAUCAGACUCAAGUCAACAUUUUUGAAUUUUAGAAAUAAAGUAAGUAACUUGACCUGUAGGGCUUCACUUGGAUUUAACGUUUAGCGGUUGAUGUUUAUGGUUGUCCUGAUGUUGAAUGCAUGAAUGUUAAUAUAUUUAUUUAUUAUUGCUUCAUAGUUUACUUGUAAUUUGACCCAACAAUGUUCUUUGCAGUAUAAAAUAUGACAUGUUCUUGGAAAAAACAGUGAGUUUCACAACAGUGAGUUUUCCAGGUUUUUUGGGAACUGCUAUCUUACAGGACCUGAAGUGGAAGACCCACAUACAUAGGUGUCAUUUACACUGGGGACGCUGGGGACAUGUCCCCACCACUUUUUGUAAUGGCUGAU